AUGAGGAUCUGGGGUACUGAAGGAGCUGUUUACGUGUAUUCUGCAGAACCCACCAGCCUGGUGUGCUACACGUGCAAGCUGCGGCUGCAGUCCGCGUGGCGCCUGGUGCAGCACGUCCAGACCUGCCACGGCGUCCGCCUCUACGAGUCCAGCCUCGGCGGGGGCGGCGUCGGCGUCGGGAGCGGGGGCCUGCCCUCGCCGCAGAGGCCCGCCGCGCCGCUGCCGCUGUCGCUGGUGCCCGGCGGCAGCUCGGCGGCCGCCAACACGUCGGGAGGCUCGCUCUCGUCGGGCUCGUCGACCUCGUCGGGCUCACCCGUCUGCUCGUCGGUCGGGCCGGGAAACGGGCUGGGAGGCGCCGGGAGCACAAGCUGCCUCCUGCCCCCGCCCGGCGCCUCCUCUCUCCUCCAUCCCCCCUCCAGCUGCAGCAGCACCACCACCACCGGCUCGCCGCUACUCCUCCACCAGGUUCCGGGGACGACGCACCCCUUCCCGGCGGGCCUGUUCGCGCGGCCUUCUAGCCUGCCUCCGCCCCCGCCGCCACCGCUGCCGCACCACGACCCGGCGGCGCCGUCGGCGUCUGCACCGUCAACGCCGAGCCACCACUUCCGUAGCAUGGAGCAGCUGGUGCAGGAGCAGCUGCGCCUCAACCCGCUGGCCGCUGCCGCCGCCGCCGUCGCAGCCGCCGCCGCCUCCUCCUCGUCGACGAGCUCCCCGUCGCCGUCGGCCGUCUCGUCGCUCGUCGCGUCGGCGUUCGCGCCGUCGGCGCAGCCGCUGGACAGGAUAGCGGCGGCCGUGGCGGCGGCGACCGCGGCCGUGCCCGGCGCCGGGGGGCGGGAGGCGGCGCCGCCCACGCUCGACUUCUACUCGCAGAGGCUGCGACAGCUGGCCGGCACCACCAGCCCGGGGGCCGGGGGCGGAGCCGGAGGCGGAGGCGGCCUGGCCACGUCGCCUUCGCCGCGCAAGCAGAUGCUGACGCCGCCCUUUGGCAGCCCACCUCCACACCACCCUCAGCAGCGGCACGCGACGCCGCCCCCGUCACUGCCCCCCAUGUCCUCCUCCACCUCUACCGUGCCCACCGCCUCCACCUGCAUUCCAUCUACCUGCGCCGCCCCCACAGGACACACCACCAGCCCUGCCGACGCUUCGUCGCCUCUCGCGCUGUCUCUUGAAAAGCAGCAGCAGACGCCGCCCUCGGCAGGCAGCGACCAGCAGCCGGCGCCCGGAACGCCCACUCCGCGACCCUCGUCUCCGCGGACGCCGCCCACGGGCCCGGCGCCGACGCCCUCGGACUCCGGCACAGCCGCCCCCGACGACGCCGGUGCCGCCGCCCCCGCCGACGGCGGCGUCGCGCAGAGCGGGCCCCUGACACCGUCCGCCGAGCCCGGCUCUCCGGGACCGGACGCAGUGCGCGCCUGCGAGUUCUGCGGCAAGAAGUUCCGUUUCCAGAGCAACCUGAUAGUGCACCGGCGCACUCACACGGGCGAGAAGCCGUACAAGUGCGCCGUCUGCAACCACGCUUGCACGCAGUCCUCCAAGCUGAAGCGCCACAUGAAGAUCCACCGGCAUUCGGCGUCUGCGCUGGCGCGCGUCACGCGCAGCUCGGUGGCCGCCGCGGCCGCCGCCGCCGCCGCCUCCGACGGCUCCGCCCCCGACGCCACCUCGCACAACAACAACAACAACGGUAGCAACCACACGACGCCCGAAAACGCGUCGCGCACGGGGAGCGUCGAGGCGCUGGACGACGACGACGGCGACGAGGACGACGAAGACGAGGAGGAGGACGAAGACGACGACGACGAUGAGGACGAGGAGGAGGAGGAGGAGGAGAUGGAGCUGGAGGAAGAGGACGAAGACGACCUGGACGACGACGACCUCGGGGACGGGGAUGGCGACGCGCCCGAGGACCUCACCACCAAGUCGACGUCGUCCACUCCGCCGGGCAACGUCACCGGUGCGGGAACGCCGAGGCCCGCCUCUGGUGCGCCGGCCACGCCGAUGGACAAGAUCUCUAACCAGGGUUCACUCGUGGGCGAGCUGAUCGACAAGUUCGGCCUGAGCAACAUCCAGCAGUACAGCGAGGCGUACAAGCAGGCGCUGCAGGAGUCGGUGACACCUCACAGCCUGAUGCAGCUGAAAGAGGAGAUCCUCGCAGGGCACCACGGGCAGCACCGGUCUGCUCUCAUUUCGGACAACAACAACCAAAAACACCUCUCGACCAGUGCACUGCUGUCAGCGACGAGUAAGGAAAAUGGCCUCACUGUGGAGAAGUCGGCGGCAGCGAUGCGAUUCCGGGAGGAGUUCGCGAAAAAUAUGAUGGCUGCAGGCCAACCGCCUCUGGACUUGAUGGGAGCCCCUCAUGGUCUGUUCGGCGCGGCUGCAGCCGCAGCUGCUGCCGCUGCCGCUUUCGACUCCUCUUCGCCGUCGGCCGGCGCCUACGACGCGGCCAGCAAGAGGAUCAAACUGGAAUUGGACCACCACACGUCAUCCGUGUCGCAGCCGGCGCGAAGCGACAGAGCCGGUGAAGGUCCGGGCAGCGGACUCUAUGCCGGACUGUGGCUGCCGGCAAUGGCAGCGGCAGCCCACCACCGCGACCAUCUGUUCGGCGGUGCAGGGGCGGGUGACACCGUGGAUCUUCUGGCGAACCACCACCGCAAGGACUCGCUGCUCAAGGUGGGCAAGUCCGGGCCCAGCCCGUCCACCCUCGCCGCGGCCCUCAACCUGGGCCUGCCGCCCACGUCUGCUGCGGCAGCGGCCGCCGCCGCAGUCGCAGCCCAGCAGCAGCAGCAACAGCAGCAGCAGUCACUCAAGAAGGACACGCGCCGCAAUGACACCUGCGAGUUCUGUGGCAAGGUGUUCAAGAACUGCAGCAACCUGACCGUGCACCGGCGCUCGCACACGGGAGAGAAGCCCUACAAGUGCGAGCUGUGCUCGUACGCGUGUGCCCAGUCGUCCAAGCUGACGCGCCACAUGAAGACGCACGGCCGCCUGGGUAAGGACGUGUACCGCUGCCGUUUCUGCGAGAUGCCCUUCUCUGUGCCGUCGACGCUCGAGAAGCACAUGCGCAAGUGCGUGGUGAACCAGAACAGCAAAGCGGCAGCGGCAGCCGCGGCGGCGGCGGCAGCGGCGGCGGCGGCGGCCGCCGGGGGCGGACACCUGCCGCUGGUCGGAGACGACACCGGCGACUCGUCCGCCUCCGCCACCAAGGACGCCACAUGA